CAAUCUUGUUUGAUGCUCCUGGGUAAUAGGAGUGGCAGCGGUUUUCAGACCUGUCUGCAAGAUGGAAGACCAGGCAGAGCAGUCGAGACGCCCCGACACCACGCGCGACCAACGCCGCGAUGCUCAGCUGAUGCGCCGGCUGGGCUACACUCACGCCGCCAUCAGCGCGGAGCUCAACCUGUCUCUCAGCCAGGUCCAGUACGCCCUCUCGCACACGGACACGCCCAUCACGCGCCCGGGACGCCCAUCAAAGCUCACAGAGGCGCAGGUCCAGGAGCUCAAGGCCUUUAUGGAGGCGUCCAAGGAGAACGAGCUGAUGCCCUUUGGCAAGAUUCCGCAGGCGCUUGGCUGGGACGUGGGCGAGUACUGUAUCCGCCACACGCUGCGGAAGCUGGGCUAUAGACGCCCUGCAGGCGGCCGGAGGAAGACGGUGGCUGUGAAGAAGAACAAGGAGGGCGAGGCCGGCAAAGGGACGCCUCAAGAGACACACGCAGAGACACCUGCAGAGACACCAUCAGAGACACCUGCAGAGACACCUACAGAAACACCUACAGAGACACCAUCAGAGACACCUACAGAUACGGCUGAAAAUACACCCAAAGAUACGUCCACCAACGACUCUGGACCUGUCGAAAUCUGA